AUGACUUUGAGUCUGUCGUCCUUCAUUUUGGCAUUGUCAGUGGUGCUCAUGCUGCUGAAGAACAACAAAACAUUCAAGCAGUUCCUAGCCAACAAACUCCAGAAGUCUUUUUCGAAGCUGAACCGGCACAUUCCAAUCUCAUCGAACUUCCAUCUAAGCCAAUCAAAAUACUUUGAAAAAUCGGUGGGUCUGGUAGAGGUUUACGACGCGCUUUUGCAGCUACAAGAGUAUGGAGUUCGAGCAUUCAGGCAAAACGCGGUCCUGUUUCACAGAGCAAGCUCAUUAAACUCCAUUCACUUAGAACAGCUUAGGAAGCUCAACUACUUUGAGAAGCUAGAAGGAAUAAACGAGGCUGUGAAUGCCAACCAAAAAACCAUAAAUUCGAUAAUUGAGUUCACUCUUACCCAAUUACUGAAUAGGAAUCCAAUCGACAACGUUGAUGGCCGUGAGCUUCUGUCUGCCUGCAAUGGUCUAGGGUACGACUACCAGGAGAAUGGGACACUGAAGAGGCGUGUUACUCAUACGAAAACGCUGAGUCCGAAGUCUAAUCAAUCUCGGGUCAACGAAGCCAUAUCACAUGUGUGCAGAGAUUGGCACCCCAGUUACGGGCAAGAACGGAAGCCGUUGGUUGACUUCAUAACUGCCCGAUUGAAGAGUAGCCGUUUCCAAGGGAGAACCCUAGUUGUUGUUCCUGGAUCUGGAGCAGGUGGUAUAGCCCACGAAGUUGCUCUAGCGUUUCCAGAAUUUGAUGUCCACUCCGUUGAGCUCUCCACCUUGAUGUACCUGUGCAACGAAUUUGCACUUGGCUACGACCAACAGGUAUCCAUUAAACCUUUCGCACAACAUUUCUCGGGGCAAUUAGACACCGGUAACCAAGUCCGGGAUUACAGAAUUGAUCUCUCUAAGGUCAAAAGGCCGUCAAAUCUCCAUGUUCAUCUGGGGGACUUCUGCGAAUUUAAACCCUGCGAAGAGUAUGACCAAAUUAUUGUUGCUUCCGCUUACUUUAUUGAUACUGCAGAGAAUCUUUUCAGUUACUUUGAUGCAAUUGAAAACUUAAAGUCAUCUUGUUCUGAAUUGCAGUGGAUAAAUGUUGGGCCUCUGAAGUAUGGGACUCAGCCAAAGGUGCAAUUAAAUGACAAAGAGCUAACAAAAUUGCGUAAAGAACGAAAGUGGAAAGACCUGUACCACAAGUGCGAUCCUAAAGAUCUCAAUGGAUAUCUUACUGACGAAAAAUCUCUAUACCAAGGCUUUUAUGGGUUGGUGAAAUUCCAUUCGACAUACAAGGAAAGGAAGUAA